CACCCUCAUCAUUUUCUUGAAAAUAAAGAAUAAAACCUUCAUCUUGAGUACUCUUGAAACAAGCUGCUCAUUUCAAUGGAAGAUCAAAGGCAAAUCGUACUGAUCACCGGCUGUUCUCAGGGCGGAAUCGGCCAUGCGUUGGCUCGUGAAUUUGCCUCAAAAGGAUGCCUGGUUGUGGCCACCAGUAGGUCAAAGAAAACCAUGCAAGAUCUUGAACAAGAUCCCUCGAGAUUUUAUGUCCUGGAACUUGACGUUGUUUCGGAAGAAAGUGUGAAGAAUGUUGUGGAAAAUGUUAUUGGAAAAUUUGGAAGAAUUGAUAUUCUGGUUAACAAUGCUGGAGUUCAAUGUGUUGGCCCUCUCGCUGAAGUUCCAUUAUCCUCCGUGCAGAAUACUUUCAACACCAAUGUUUUUGGUCCCUUGAGGAUGAUACAAGCUGUUGUGCCUCAUAUGGCAGCCAGGAGAAAAGGAAAGAUUAUAAAUAUGGGAAGUAUUGGGACUGCAUUCCCUGCUCCUUGGGCUGCUACUUACACUGCAACCAAAUCUACCAUUCACUCAUUAACUGAUACCUUAAGAUUGGAACUGAGUCAUUUUGGGAUUCAUGUCACCCUCGUUGUCCCCGGGGCGAUUAAGUCAAACAUAGCAAACUCUGCCGUCGCCAGCUACCGAGGCAUGCCGGAAUGGAAACUAUACAAGCCAUUUGAAGACAUUAUUAAGGAGAGAGCAUAUCUUUCACAAACACCAAAUUCAACCCCGGCUGAAGUGUUUGCAAGGGACACUGUGGCUGUUCUGUUGAAGGAAAAGCCCCCAGCUUGGUUCACCACAGGCCAAUUCUCCACCAUCAUGGCAAUUAUGUACCACAUGCCCAAUUUUAUUAAAGAUUUUGUUGCAAGGAGAACAAUGAAAUGUUGAUGAGAGUCUAUAAAAGUGUGAGACAUUUGGGCUUCAAAUUGAAGCUUCAGGUUCUUUCAAAACCUCAAGUCAACAUACUAUGGUUUUUAUCUA